AUGCCGAAACAACGUCUACAAACAACGACAUUAAAUUCAGCUUCUGGUAAUACUUCAAAGCGUCAUUGUGAUACUACAUCUAAACCUAAUGCAUCAUCGGAUAAUGAAGAUGUAAUUCCAAUUCCAAUACAAAUUUUUCUAUGGCGACAGAGCAAUCCAUUUAUCAAACGAAAGUUUGGUAAUCUAACCGAUGCAUCUGCAAUUAGUUUUGAUCGAGUUCUUGUUCAAAACAUCGUACAUGGUUUAUCACCUAGUCUUAGCGAUGCUAUUGCAAGUAUUCCAAGAUGGUUAUUAAUCAAAGUGGCAUUUCCACAUGUAAUGCAUGCAUGCUCAGCUGCAAUUGAACAUAGUCUUCAUUCAAUACAACAACAACCAACAACUAGUGGUCAUCCAUCAUUACUUGUUUCAUCAUCUAUAUCUAUUUCACCAUCAGCUUCAUCACAACUUCAAAUUCCAACUAGUCUUCAAUUACCUAUUAAUACUCCUAAUAUACCGGCACCUCUUGGUCCAUUAACUUCCACAACUCUUUCACCAACAGCAUCUGUUGAACAUCAAUCUAGUCAGCCACCAUUAUUUCGUCUCUCAUCAACAGCACAUAGUACAAGUAGUUAUUCAUCAUUAACAAAUAAAUUAAGUCCAAGUGAAAUUCGUCUUUUUCAUACAUUACAUUAUCUUAUAUUAGAUUCUCAAAAUCAAAAUAAUAAUACAUCUAUAAAUAGUGAUCAACUUUUACCAUUAAAUACAAUACAAUUAUUUAUUUAUUUAUUUAUUCCAUAUAUUCAUACAUAUUUACAAAGUAAUGAAAAAGAAUUUUUAUCACAUCCUGAUCUUGCUCAAGGCAUGCGUCUUAUAUGGCAACCAUUACUUGAAUAUCGUCAACCAAAUAUACGUAUGUUUAGUUCAUUUGUUAAACCAAUUAUACCAUCAUAUGCAUCACCAAAUGAAAAUGGUGAUUAUAUAACAACAAUAAAUGAAUCACAACAACAACAACAAACAUUUUAUAUAAAUAAUAAUAAACGUAAUCGUUUAUCUGUUUUGAUUGAAUCACCUACACCAGUACCAACAACAAAAGCAAUUCUUGAAGAAUCUGAAGAAGAACAACAACAAUCUCAACCUUCUUCACCACCACCGCUCCCACUUCCACCAUCACAACCAUCAUCUCAAACAUUAACGACAAAUGAACAUAUUUCACAAUUACCCAGAUCAUUGUCAGAAAAACAACCAUUAUCUGAUUUAACAAAUCAACCAACAAUGACGGCACCUAUUGUUAGUAGUGAAGGAAGUAGUAUAAGUUUAUUUCAACCAAUAACAGCAAAAAAAGAGCAAAAAUCAACAUCAUCCGUUCUUGUUGAUUCUGAUACAGCUACAACAAAUAAUUCAAUAACUGAUCUUAGUGCUUAUGGAACAUCAAAUGGUACAAAAUCACGAGCACCACUCGUACAUAUGAGUUCAAUUUGUUCAAUAUCUGAUUCAAGUCGUUUAACAACAUCACCACAAAGUCCAGCUGGUGAUAAAUUUAAUAUCUUACCCGGUGGUACAGGUUCAUCAUCAUCAUCAGCAUCAACACCAUCUGUUCUAUUACCUUUAAAUUGUUCUCAAUGUCAACAACCUGUAUUUGCUCCUAAUCAUCCACAAAAUAUUCCAUAUAUUUGUUCAAGUUGUACACCUAUAAAACCAACACCUACGCCAAGAGUAUCUGAUCUUCCAUUAAAGCUGGAAGUUCAAAAAGAUUUAAUAUCAAUAACACGACGUCAAAGUAUUAUAACACCAAAACCUCGAACAUCUCAACGUUCAUCUGAAUUACUUCUACUUGCAACUUAUUUUGAUAUUGGAAUAUUACGUACAUUAUUUAGUCCAUCAUGGUUAACAGAUGGUUAUUUAUGGUGUUUAGAAUAUUUACAUAAACGUAUUAUUGAUAUAUCUGAUGAAAUUUUAUCGGAUGCAUUAAUGAAUGGUACAUUACCAAUAAAUAUUCUUCGUUUUAAAAGUCUUUCGAUUCCACAAUUAAAUCUUAGUAAUGAACAAGAUUAUUAUGAAUAUUUAAAAAAUAUUUAUUUUAAUGAACAAGUUACAAAUGAUAUUAUUGAACAACAAUGUAUGAUGGCUGGUACAGGUGAUAUGGCAACAUCAACAUCAACUAAACAACCAGCUACAUUAUUAAAUGUACCAUUUAAAUAUUUUGCUGGAAAAAGUCCAUAUAAUGGAAAACAUAGUCAAAAAUAUGAUAAUUUCUAUAAGAAAAUAAGUAAAAUUCGUUAUAUUGAUGAAGAAGGUAUUGAACAUUUGGAUUUGGCUAAUGUUGAUCGUCGAGAUAAUAUACAAACAUUAUCAUCAAAAACUAAUCGUCUUCAUCUAACUGAUCCAGGUUUAUUAUUACUUAAAACAACAACAAUAAAUGUUUCUGAUCGUUCUCUAUUACCUGCAACAACAACAGUUGGUACAGCUCGACAAUCAGUUGAUAGUUUAUUAAUUACUUCAAAUCCUAGUGCAACAAAAAUUACUACUACUAUACCAACAACUAAUUUAAAUCUAAUGAAAACUUAUAGUGUUAGUGAUUCAGAAAUAAAUUAUAAAUUUUUAGAAGAAAUUGAAGAAGCACAAGGUUCAAGUGCAUAUAUUAAUCGAAGUGGUACAAUUAAUUUUGGUGUUGUUCUAGCUGGAAUACAUGCUGUUAUAUGUAAAGAACAUCAUUUAAAAGUUUGUGAAUUAGUAAUGAAUAUUCUCGAUGUUUUACUUGGUUUGGCUGUUAUAUCAUCAUCAGAAGAUGAUCUACAUAAAAAACAAUUAUUAACAGUUGGAAAUACUGGACCAACAAGUGAUGAUAGAGGAGAUGAACAAAUAGAAGAAUGGUUAAAACAAAUCGAUGCAAAGGAAGAAGAAAAAUUUCAAUUAGCUGUGGAUAUUACACUUAGAAUAAUCAAACGAUUAGGAUGUCCACAUUGUCAACCACGUGGUCGUAGUUUUACAGCUGAUCAAUUACGUGGUAAAGUACGUUUAUCAUUAAAUAAACUUCGUAUACUUAAUCAACAUCGAUUUGAAAAAUAUUUUCUUAAUUUAACACUUAAUGGUGAUCUUGUUCAUAUACUUGAUAUAUUUCAUGCAUUAUGUGGUUAUUGUUCAGAAUCCAAUGUUGGUCUUGCUCAUUAUUCACCUUAUAUUCCAACAAAAGUUGAUGCACAUUUACGACAAACAUAUUCAAAUAAUUUUGGUAAUACACAUCUUGGUGUUGGACCAAAAGGUAUUGAUGGAUUUAUAUUAAAUAUUGUAUUUAAACCAUUCGUUACACGUCUUAUAAUGAUGAAAGAAUAUUUAUUGGGUUCAGAAAAUGUUGCUUUAUACGGUGAAUGUCGAGCAUUUUUAACAUGUAUUAAAGAAAAUCAUGGUGGAAUAUUUCGUUUGGUAGUUUUUUCAUCAUUACUUGAUCCAGAAAAAAGACUUAAAACAUUAAAACAACAAGAAAUAAAUAUAAAACCAAAAACUAAAAUAUCACAUACUUUCAUUCGACAAGAUCCUGUUAAUAGUAAUGGAAAAGGAGUUUUUCUUAAUCGUGAUCUAUCAGAUGAUGCUGAUCUUGAUCGUCAUGGAAGUACUAGUCAACCAUUAACAACAUACGGAACUGAUGAUGCACCAGUAACAAAUACUACAUCAUCAACGUUUAGUAUUAAAUUAAAAAGUGCCCGUGCACGAACUGGAUCAUUAAUGGGUGGUGAUGAUCAUAGUUUAUAUACACAUCAAGAAGAAAGUUUAUAUGUUGAUUUAUCACUUAUUCGUUUCGGUUUAUUACGUUUAAAUUUUCUGAUGGAAUCAUGUCCACCAGGUUCAUUACCUGAUCCACAAUUUUUAAAUAGUCUUCUUAUUUUGGAUUCACCAGUUAUAUCAAAAGCAGCAUUUCUUGUUGAAUGUGCUUAUUUUGUUCGUCGUUGUUCAUUAGGUCAAUGGCCUGAAUGGAUGCGUAUAAAUAUGACAACAUUUCGUCCACAUGAAUCAUUUGCUGUACGUGCAACUGGAAAUAUGAAUGCAAGAUUAAAUAAAUUAUAUCAAGCAGCUGCAGCAAGAAUGUUCUAUAUAUGGGGUGAAGCUCUUUCAUCACAACUUGAAACUAUAUUAAACAAUGAACAACAACAACAGCAACAACAAACGACAACAGAUCAUACAAAUGAAACAGGACUAGGAUUAGAGGGAGGAGGAGCAGGAGGAGGAACAAAUUUUUGGAAUAGUGAUGAAACAUAUGAAGAUUAUUAUAAUGAAGCAAUUGUUAAUCGUUCUGGUCAUGAUUGUCCAUAUUCAUUACGUGUCAUGGCUUGUUUACUUCUUUAUGAAAUUACAUCAUUUUUACGUGAAGUCUAUGAUACAUUACCUAAACUUUCAUCAUUACCACAAACAGGAGUUAAUAUUCGACAACAACAACAGCAACAACGUACAAAUAAUCAAGCAACAAGUGCACCAACAACUCUCGUUGAAACAUCUUCAACAUUAACUGAUAAACGUUCAACAGAUCGUAUGCGUAUGGGUAGUGUUGUUUCUCAAAUAUCAAAUAGAAGUUCAGCUUCAAUAUCAAGUGAACAUCCAGCACUUUCACCACAAGCAUCAUCAGCAACAAUUCCACCUGUUUUAAGUACAAUACCAGCAACAAUAAUUAAUAUAAAUCCAACAUUAGCUGGUGAACGACAUAUUAGUUUUGCUGUUAAUAAAGAAAAUGAUUCAAAUGAAAGUAAUCAUACAGCUGUUAUGAUAAAUGAUGAUGAUGGAGUUGUUGUUGUUGAUGGAAAUUCAACACCUGUAGUUAAUGACAGACGAAUGUCUGUUGCAGCAUAUAAAUCAGGCAGUGUUACUGGUAGUACUGGUAAAUCAAAAUUAAUUCGACGAAGUAGUGUUAAAUUAAGAAAACCAUCAUUAAGAAUGAAAGAUACAGGGAAAAAUAAUCGUCGUUCAUCUUAUCGAACACGUCGUCGUAGUCAUGCAUCAAAUAUUUCAUCGGAAACUGAUGGUCAUCAAAGUAAUAUAGGAAGUUCAGCUAUGGAACCAACUGAUGAAUAUUUAAAUGGUAAUGAUGAAGAUUUUGAUCAAGGAAAUUUUGAUGAUAUAAUUAAUACUCGACCAUUUCCAUGGAUAAAAGUUGUUAUAAGAAUAUUAAAUGAUGUUAAUUUAACAUGUGAACAUCAAAUAAAAUGUGUAUCAAAUUGUUAUGAUAAACAAACAACAAGUUGUAAAAAUCUUAUUCAAGCACUAUUAAAUAUGUAUCGAUUAUCAUCAUUAAAUUUACCAAAUAUUGGUUCAUCAUUUUCUCGUUCAUCAUCAUCAACACAUAGAUCAACUACACAUUUAAAACGUAAUGAUACAACAUCAAGUAAAAGUCAGCAAGAUCCGAAAAAACGACGACUUUCAACUUGUUUAUUUGGUGAAAGUACUGGUCAAAAUAAUGAUAAUACUACAAAAGGUGUAAAUACAAAUAAAACAACAGAUGGAUUAACUUAUGGUAUGAUAUUUGAAAGUGCUGAUCCACAUUUUGAUCCACAUAUUAAUACACAUUUUACUGCUAUUACUGCUUAUUUGGAAAAACAAGUUGGAACAUUAACACAAGUACCAUUAAUGAUACUUUGUAAAUCAUCUGUUUUAUUAGAAGAUGAACAUUAUUCACAAAUACUUCAUCUAUCAUGGGAACUUUUAUUGGAUCGUAAUGAAGAAUUAUCUGCUUGUGCUGCAACAAUUGUUAUUCUAACAGCUGCUCGCGCAAAUCAUUUAGUUGAUACAUUAUUUCAUACAGAAAUGGAAAAUUCUUCAGCAUUAAUUCGUUAUAAUGCAAUAUUAAAAUUUCAAACAUUAUGGCGUUUUCGUUAUCAAUUUUGGAUUCGAUUAGAAGAAGGUGCACAUUCAAUGAUGAAGAUUCUUCCACCGAGUAUUGAAUUUGUUUUACCAUCACCAGCACUUGGUAUUUCUAAUCUUCAAACAGUUGAUCCACCAUGGAUGCCACAUGCUAAAACACUUGUUCAACAAGUUGCAUUAAAUCAAGAAGAAGUCAGAGCUGUUGUUACAGCAAGUAAAACACGUAAAAAACAUCAACAAGAAUUAAUACAUUCAGCAUUAAUGGCUGAAGAAACAAGUAAACGAGUAGCACGAGAAAAUUUUGCUAUGUCAACUGUACCAAUGUUACAAUCAGCUUCAUUUGAACCACUUUUACAUCAACCAAGAGAUGAAGAAGAAGAAGGACAUUCCGAUGAUGAUCGAUUUGUUGAAACAAGUAUUCAAAUACGUCAAGCACAAGGAACAUUUCCUUCAGCAUUUGGUGCAGCUGUUUAUCUUCUUGUUGAAAUGUUAGAAGAUGAAGAAACACUUGAGAAUGGAGCAACAGUAUCUGAAGCAGCUCGAAAAGCUCUUUGGACAUGUUUAGUUGAUGAACCAACAUUAUUAAUUCGUUUUUUCUUUGAAAAACUUUCACAUAAAGAACGACGUAUAAAAUCUCUUCAAAGUCUUCGUCGUCUUAUGAUAUGUUUAACUGAUAUACCACCUCAAUUUGCACAUGCUGUAUUUAAUUAUGUUCUUGGUUUAUUAAUGAGUAUGGUACGUUCACCACUUGAUGGUUCACAAGAAUUAAUUGUAGCUGGUCUUACAUUAUUAUGGCAAAUAAUUCCUUAUUUACAUGGUCUUGUUUUAAAAGAUUUAAAACAAAUUUUACGUAAAGAACAAGCUGAAAUGAUGAUAUUAAUAACUGGUAAUAUACCAUCAACAAAAAAAGUUAUUAUACAUGGUCCAGAUUUAUCACAAAUUCCAACACAAGCAAUUAUACAAGAAGAUACACAAUUUAGUAAUGUUUUACAAGAAGCAUUAGAUUUUUUUGGUAUACCUGAUUCAAAACGUGAUCGAUAUUAUUUAAUUGAUGUUAAAACUCAACAAAUACAUAUUCCAGAUACAUAUGUAAGAGAUUUUUAUUUUUUUCGUCGAAAUAUUUAUCCACAAUUAUCAUUAAUACAUAUGGAUACAAAACAAUCACAAAAACAAUUAGAACAAAUGUCUAUUUAUUUAAAAACAACUGAAUUAUCAAAAGUUUUAUUUGCUCGUUAUUUAGUUGAAAAUACACCAUAUAAUCAAAUACAUAAUUGUGUUACAUUUUUUCAUGAUGAACUUAUUAAAAGUCCAUCAUUUCCACGAAAACCAUUAGAAUCAGAUUUUAAUUUGUAUACAAGAAUAUCUGAUAAAGAAUUAUUUAAUUUAGAUAUGUUACAUAAAUAUAAUUGGUAAGUUAUAGAAAAUGACAGAUUUCAGAUUAUUCAAUCCGACAAUGAUUGUCGAAAUAUGAGAAUCAA